AUGGCUGAAGCAAUCCUCUAUGGCGUUGCACAAACCUUGAUAGAAAAUAUGGGCUCUUGGGCUUUCCAAGAGAUUGGAUCGCUCUGGAAUGUUGAAGAUGAGCUUGAAAACAUCAAGAACACUGUUACCACAAUCCAAGCUAUAUUUCGGGAUGCAGCGGAGCAGCAAAAUCAUAACCAUCAAGUCAAAAACUGGCUUGAAAAACUCAAGGACGCAGUUUAUGAAGCAGAUGACUUGCUGAGUGAGUUCUACACCGAAGCUUUACAGCGAGGAGGGAUGAGUGGGAAUAUAACAAAAAAGGUACGCAAUUUGAUUUCAAGUUCAAACCCACUUGUUUUUCGUCGUGAGAUGCAUGGUAAAAUAAAUGCAAUGAGGCAGAAACUGGAUGCAAUAGCAGAAGAUAGGAAAAAGUUUCACUUGGAAGAAUGCAAUGUAAAGCCACGUGUGAGUAUGAAUAGGGAAGAGACUCACUCAUUUGUUCCUAAUGAAAAAGUUAUUGGGAGAGAAGAUGAUAAAAAAGCCAUCAUAAAGCAAUUAUUAGACCAUAAUGUGGAAGAGAAUGUUUCGGUCAUUCCUAUACUGGGGAUAGGAGGGUUAGGGAAAACAACACUUGCUCAGUUUGUUUAUAACAAUGACAUUGUCAAACAACAUUUUCAACUAAAAAUGUGGGUAUGUGUCUCUGAUGUAUUUGAUGUAAAUAUAAUUGUUCAAAAAAUAAUAUAA